ACAUGAAGAGGGUACUAGAGCAAUUUCAUACCUCUCUCUCUCUCUCUUUUUUUUUUUUUCCCUUUAAAUUGAAAGAAAAAAAAUGUAAAUGUCAGGGGAAGCUUCCUAGAAGCGUUGCCGCUAGAAAGGGUUAUGGCAGUGUUUUUUCUGUGUGUCAAUGUGGACUCAUUUGAAUAAACGUAAACUAAUGUGAGAAAAUUCCUUCUCAUUAACAAUCACGACAGCCGAAGAAGAAAUUUCAAGUCCCCAGUACCAGAAGAAGGGAACAAAAAAUCCAGCGGUUUUUGCAGUUAUCUUAUGUGAAAGACAGUUCCAGCUUUUUGGAGGCACUUUGAGACUGAGUAACAAUGGCACCAGGAGGAAGACCAAUAAAGAAAAACACACGAAUGGCUGCCGCGCUCGAUGCUAUGCGCCCUUAUGGUUAUGAUGAUGACUUAAUACUCAAAACAGUGAAAGAACUCUUGGAUGUAUACGGGGAAGAAAAUUGGUACUUCAUUGAAGAAUGUUCUUAUAAGGUCCUCCUCGAAAGCAUUCUUGACCAAGAGGAGCAGCAGAGGAAAAAAGAGCUUUCGAGGGGUGAAGCCAUUUAUGAAUCUUCAAGUGGCGCAUUGGCUCUUCCCUCUGCGGAGGCUGAGGCUCUAAAUGUUGCAUUGCCGACCAAUGAAGUUGCAGAUCCAACAUUACUGACGGAUGGCACUUGUGAGGCUCCAGUAGUGACUCACAAACCUGUUAUGCUCUUGGGAGGUGGCUCUGAAGACAUCAACUUGGACAAGAGCUCUGUAAAAAGUCUCACAGCUUCUCCACACGUCAAUGAGUCCAAACAACCAGCAGAUGUCUUUCCUGUUAGGAGGCGCAGGCCUUACCAUGGAUGGAUCAGCGACGGUGAGGACGAGGCAGAGCUUGUGGAUGUUGAGCCGCCACCACAUUCAGAGGAGUUACAAAAGGUCCUUUUUGGGAGAGUCGUGUGGAAAAUACGCAAGACUAGGUGGGAUUUGAGGCCUGAGGAUAUGUAGGAAUUUCUGGUCUCACCUCUUGUGAGGUGUAAAUACAUGGGUUCUGGAACAGCUUUUGAAGGCUGAGAAUAGAUAUUGCAAAAUGAUAUUAACCAUUUUCCUUAUUUAUGGCAGUUAACUUUUUGGAA